AGUGCAGGCCUCUGCGCGUUCCGCUCGACUGACAGUGACAUUAGAAAUGUCAUUUUUGUAAAUUUUUAAUUAUUUAAGAAUUACCGCAUUAGGAGUACAAAAUCGAACAAUUUUUCUUUUCACGUGAAAAUGAACACUUGCAAAGUGCCCGUCGCAGUCGACGAUAGUGACGGCGACAACCGGUGGAUGAGCAUCCACAAAAGGUUCCUUGCGGAGUCCCGCGAAAAAGACGCCGAUGUCGUCUUCAUCGGAGAUUCCAUCGUGCAAGCGUUACAGCACACCGAAGUGUGGAACGAACUAUUUGCACCUUUACACUGUUUAAAUUUUGGUAUUCACAGAGACAAAAUCGAGAACGUCCUGUGGAGGAUUCAGAACGAUGAACUCGAUCACGUCAAGCCCAAAGUGAUAGUUCUGCACGUCGGGACUAACAAUAAUGCGAAUACGCCAGAAGAGAUUACGGAAGGGAUUGUCGAAAUAGUUAAUAAUAUAAGGGAGAAACACCAUGACGUUUACAUCGUAGUUCCAACGCUUUUGCCUAGGGGGCAGCACCCUAACAAGCUGAGGGAGCGGAUGUCCCAAGUCAAUGAUCUUCUCAAGAGUAAAAUAGUCAAUUUACCCAAAGUGGAAUUGGUUGUGAUUGAUAAAGGGUUUGUGCAAUCCGACGGUACUAUAAGUCACCAUGAUAUGCACGACUACCUCUUACUUACUAACGCUGGUAGUCGGAAGGCUUUCGAGCCCGUGCACGAUCUGUUGCUCCAAUUGCUCACUGAAGGCGAACCCGAAAAAGAUCUCACUCCUUCAGAAUAAACCAUCAAGUUCAAACGAAUGCCUUUUAUCCGCUUUUUUUUGUUUUGAUUUUUGGAUGUAGUACGAGCUCAGGCUGUCGGCCUUAUUUUUUUAAUUUUGUAAUUGAAUCUGAUGUGAUAAUAAGGAUAAAUGUGUGUAAAGUUACUUCAACAUUCCGAAUUAAUUUAACUUUUCCUACAAAUAUAGGAAUCAUUAUUUAUUUAUGCUAGUUUAAGAUACUUUAAGAGAAAAAUGUUUAGUUUCCGUUGUGAUACGCUAUCGUUUGUAUACAUACCUAUAAAUUGGAAUAAAAUUUGCAUUAAAUAA